GAUCCCUUGUACUUAAACUCUACUUUAAUACAUAUAAACAUAUACAAUGUCUGCCUCUUCCUUAGGUUGGUUAUCCAGAUUAAACGUUGAAGAUACUCCUCACAAGCACUUACGUCGUACUUCCAUCAUUGGUACCAUUGGUCCAAAGACCAACAAUGUUGAUGUCUUGGUUGGUUUAAGAAAGGCCGGAUUAAACAUUGUUCGUAUGAACUUCUCCCAUGGUUCUUAUGAAUACCAUCAAUCUGUCGUUGACAACGCUAGAAAAUCUACCGAAGUUUACCCAGGUAGACCAUUGGCCAUUGCCUUGGAUACCAAGGGUCCAGAAAUUAGAACCGGUACUACCGUUGACAAUGUUGACUACCCAAUUCCUCCAAACCACGAAAUGAUCUUCACCACCGAUGACAAGUACAAGACUCAAUGUAACGACAAGGUCAUGUAUGUUGAUUACAAGAACAUUACCAAGGUUAUCGAAGCUGGUAAGAUCAUUUACGUUGAUGAUGGUGUUCUUUCCUUUGAAGUUUUGGAAGUUGUUGACGAACAAACUUUGAAGGUUCAAUCCAUCAAUGCUGGUAAGAUCUGUUCCCACAAGGGUGUUAACUUGCCAGGUACCGAUGUUGAUUUACCAGCUUUGUCCGAAAAAGAUAAGGCUGAUUUGAAAUUCGGUGUCAAGAACGGUGUUGACAUGGUUUUCGCUUCCUUUAUUAGAACUGCCCAAGAUGUCCUUGACAUCAGAGAAGUUUUAGGUGAAGAAGGUAAAGACAUUCAAAUCAUUUCCAAGAUUGAAAACCAACAAGGUGUUAACAACUUCGAUGAAAUCUUGAAGGUUACCGAUGGUGUUAUGGUUGCUAGAGGUGAUUUAGGUAUUGAAAUCCCAGCUCCACAAGUUUUCGUUGUUCAAAAGCAAUUGAUUGCCAAAUGUAACAUUGCCGCCAAGCCAGUUAUUUGUGCUACCCAAAUGUUGGAAUCCAUGACUUACAACCCAAGACCAACCAGAGCUGAAGUUUCUGAUGUUGGUAAUGCUAUCUUAGAUGGUGCUGAUUGUGUUAUGUUGUCUGGUGAAACCGCCAAGGGUGACUACCCAUUUGAAGCCGUCUCCAUGAUGCACAACACUGCUUUGAUUGCCGAAAAGGCCAUUGAUUACUACCAAUUAUUCAAUGAAUUGAGAUCUCUUGCCAAGAAGCCAACUCCAACCACUGAAACUUGUGCUGUUGCCGCUGUCUCUGCUGCUUACGAACAAGAUGCUAAGGCCAUCGUUGUUUUAUCCACCACUGGUUUAUCUGCUAGAUUAGUUUCCAAGUACAAGCCAGAUGUUCCAAUUCUUAUGGUUACCAGAAACGAAAGAGCUGCCAGAUUCUCCCACUUGUAUAGAGGUGUUUAUCCAUUUAUUUCCAGUGAUGCUCAAACUGAAAACUGGCAAGAAGAUGUUGAACACAGAUUAAGAUGGGCUGUUACUGAAGCUGUUAAAUUGGGUAUUAUUAACAAGGGUGAUUCUAUUGUUACCGUCCAAGGUUGGACCAAGGGUUCUGGACACUCUAACACCGUUAGAAUUGUUCAAGCUUAAGUUUAUAUAUAAUUAUAGAAAAUUAAGGAUAAUUUGUGAA